AUGGAUUCACCCGACUGGGCCACGCUCAUUCCCGACCUCCUCCACCGCAUUUCCCAGAAGCUCCUGCCAUGCAGCUUCGACUACGUCAGUUUCCGCUCCACCUGCCCCGGCUGGCGCUCCGCCGCUCCCCGCGUCAACUUCGCUCCCCUCCUCAUGUUCCCCUUCGACCCCAACGCAGGCACUCUCUCUUUCUACAGCCCCUCCGACGACAAACUCCACUCCUUCUCCUUCCCCGAGGCCACCUCCACCGUCUUCUGCGGCUCCUCCCACGGGUGGCUCCUUCUCAUGGACCAGGCCGCUUCCAUUUCCCUCCUGAACCCGUUCACUCGUAAGCGAAUCCAUCUCCCUCCCGCCGAUGAGGAGCUCGCUUUAGCCUCUCUCAACCGUGUCUCCAAGGUUGGAACUCGCUGGAUCUCCCAUUCCGAGGACGGCACCCUCACCCCCCUCGGCCUCUCCGAUAUGCAGCAAGUUUUCAUCGACGAAGCCGUUCUUUCAUCGGCUCCCGAUUCCGGCGGCGAUUUCAUCGUCAUGGCGACGCUUGCUUUGUCCACCCAAGUCGCCUACUGCAGGCGAAGUGACUCCAAGUGGACUUUGCUCGAGACCAAUCUACCCUGCAACGUGAAGUCCGUCACAUACUACGACGGACGCUUCUUUGUCAUGGACUGCGCUGGUGAGAUCGCGGUUCUUGGCGUGGACUUCCGAGGAAAAGUCGUGCUACUGGCGUCGAUGGAGACGCCUAAUGGGCACUUCAACUGCAAGCUUGUGGAGUCCAGAGGGGUCCUCCUGCUGGUUGGCCUCGUGAUCGACUUUGUGGACGAGGAGAACCUGGAUCUCCAAAGCGAAUUCGAGGUUUAUAGGUUUAAUCCAGGAGGGGAAAGGAUGUGGUGUAGGGUGGAAAGCAUCGGCGACCAGACGUUGUUCUUGUCGCUUCGCUCCAGCUCGAAUGUUGCUGGGAGAACGCUUUCCAAGUGCAGGGUUAACUCUAUUUACUAUUCUGCACAGAAUUUUGAGGCCAACAUGCCUGUGGCGCCUGGGAGGCACCACAUGGAGGUGGUGAACCUGGCCGACGGGUCCUCGGAACUGGUGCCAUGUCAUGUGCCGUCGGAGGGCGCUGAACCUGCUGCAUGGUUCCAGCCCAAUCUCAACGUGUGGGAACUUUGA